CUUUUCCUCGCAUUCUCCGCCAUUUAUUGAAUUCAAUCCAAUUCAAUUCGAUUCAUUCAUUCAUUCAGCUCCCUUUAAUCUAUCUGACGUCCCUCUCCACUCCUCUAUCUUUGCUCGGAUUCUUCUUAUACCCCCCACCCUUUCAUCACGCAAUCAAUCGCCAUGUCCUUCCUGAGAGAAGCCGGACUUAACCUGCGCCAUGUCCUGCCUCGGGCCGGCGAGAGCGUUGUUCGCGCUCCCUCGUCUCAGUUCCUUGCCAACCGAUUUCCCCUUCAGUCCUCGCGGUCAAUGAGCUCUGGUUGUGCUUCCCUGUCGUCCCGGCGAUCUCUAGUGACCCCGCGCAUCCAGAACCAGCGGCUGUCCGAGCGUAGGAGCUUCUCUGUCACCGCCGGAGUACAGCACGGUCACAUCACGCCUCCCAAGCCUGGAGAGGAGAUUAACAUCUCUUUCAUCGACAAGGAUGGCGCAAAGUACGACUUCCAGGUCUCUGAGGGCGAUAACUUAUUGGAUAUUGCACAGGCUAAUGACCUGGAGAUGGAAGGUGCCUGUGGCGGAUCGUGUGCCUGCUCGACCUGCCAUGUCAUUGUCGAAGAUUCCGGCAUGUUUGACAAGAUGGAAGAGCCAUCGGACGACGAGAACGACAUGCUUGAUCUGGCCUUUGGUUUGACGGAAACCUCCCGCCUGGGUUGUCAGGUAAUCAUGACUAAGGAGCUCGAUGGUCUCGUGGUCCGGUUGCCAUCCAUGACUCGGAACCUGCAGGCAAGCGAUUUCGAGCCGAAGCACUAAUUCAAUAUAAGCGCGAUGGAAGUGAUUUUUGACUAGAGAAUGAUGUACGAUAUGUCUAGCGUCUAUAACGGGGGGCGGUUAUGUCACGAGGUGGCAAGGGAACAUGUUUCCAUUGGGUAUUUCCGAUCUCCCUUCAACAUUCAACAUUUUGCGGCACGAAAGUUUGUAAAUAGAG